AUGGGUAAGGGCCAACAACUGACGUACUGGCUGCAUGGAGAAUAUAGUAAUAUCGUGGACCCCGUGCCGCCAGGUGUUCGGCUACUCGAGGACGCCUCAUCGUGUGGGACUCUUACUAAUGUCGCCUUGACUACCGAGCCUGUUCUCCAUAUUCGCAACGUGUCUGCCGCAUUGCCCGCAGUCUAUUCAGUCCCAGCCACACUGUACGCUUCGUCCCAUAGCGCCGGACAGGCUGGUAUCGGGUUUGGAGUCACUUCGCAACGGCCUUCAAGCAAACUCAUUGUCACUCCCACUCCCACCACCACUGCAACGGAUACCGUCGGCGUUGCCCAAUCGCUUGCCCAACCUCCUGACUUCUUCUUGCCACUCGCUGAGACUGUUGAGGCUCUGGACAAUGCUGAGAGCAAGUUUCCCAGAGUCAUGGAGACAGGCAAGCUUUCUACCGGUUUUUCCACGACCAGCACCUGCACCAUUACCAACAUGACUACCACGACCAACGAAGCUAACGAUAAGCUAACAAACUCCUCUUCUAAUCACGAAACUAAGGAUGAGGCUAAAACACUUAAAGUUCGCUCUGUUCAGGCAAACGAUGCGAGAGAAGAGUCUAGUCUGCCAGGUUCAGCUUUUGGAAUUGCCGGACCAACGGUGAAAUUGGACAAUCCCGAUAGCUCUUUGAUCACUGUCGAGCCCUGCAAAGGUGUCGGAAUCCCAUCUGACUCGAUAUUCGUCGGUCUAGAGACGCUGCCUCAUCUGGCCACUGGGAUGCACGUGAUGGGCACCCGGCACGGUGGAUUCGCCACCACUCCAGCCUAUCGAGCUGUCAUGAAACAAAAGCAGUGCCUUCCUGAUCAGCAUCCACUUGAUCCAUCAUCAUCAUCACCACCACCACCAUCAUCGUCACCAUCAGUACCGCUACAACAACAACAACCAAUGGGCAAGAUCUAUCGAGAAGAUUCUAUCUGA